CCAGGGUGAAAGUUUGCCUUUGGAGCGUUGCUACAGCCAGCUGGAAUGGCUCCUUUCCAUGUAGGCGCUGAUGAGCUCGCCUCACUCCAGGCCUCUGCACGAAUGGACCUUUGGGAGAAUAAUAGAAACACUGACUCAUCACAUGACCAUUUGGAAGGGUCACAAGCCAGAGGCCUUCUUUCUACAGCCAACAACAACUUGAAUCCUCCGCCCUCGGUGGAGGGUCCCUUUUGUAACUGAGAAGCCACAAGCCACAGAACUGGGGAGGAAACACUGAGGAACUAAUAAGUGCCCAAACUGGUCCUUGAAGAUGAAUGAUAUUAAGUGAGCGACUCUCAGGGUCCAAACUUUGAGAAGCCUCAAGGGCAAACAAACCAAAAGACAAGAAAAGCAGAAAAUGGUGAAAACCAAACUAAAGACGCAAACGAUGUGAGGAGCAAGGUGAAUGCCGUAAGGUCAAAGAAAUGGGAAAUGAAAGAAAUGUCAGGGGCUGUUGAGGAAGUUUCUUUCAAAAUUCACUGGUAGGAAUUUAGUCUUAAAUGUCCUGAGCUCCUCCUGCUGAGGGUAGAUGAGGAUUUUCUUUAAGCACAAACUUGCAUCUCAGUCAUUGCAGCUGCCCACUGACCAAUAUGGAGCAAAGCCUGCCAGAGUUACAGGGAUGAGCUAUGGAGGGGUUGGGGCACCCUAAAGUAGUCGAGUUUAGAAUGGAGAAAGCCGAGGUGUGCGGAAGUGUGAGAGAAGAUGGCACAAGGAGUGACAGGUGUGUAAAAGGAGCCUUGUCCUGUGUAAAUGUGUUAAGAACUUGUGGGUAGCUUUUAGGGCCAGGAAGAAUGGGCACUUAUUUGACAUUGAGUGGUGGUCUAGGUAGGAAUGACAAGGGCAGUGGUGCGAUAGAUUUUGCGGGCUCAAGUGAAGGAAGGGCUUUGUUUAUCCCUAUUGAAUAAUUCAGGGCUAGAUUUCUGACUCUGGACCUUGAAGGUGGGCAUUGAAGUACUUUGUAAGUGGCAGUGAGGAAUGCAGUCUGAACGGCAGAGGGGGAAAGUGCACCUUUGGAUGUUUGAGACAAAAAGGAAAGACGGCCUAAGGGUCCUUAGGACUCAGAAUGGACAUAAAUAUGGAAGUAGCAUUCAUCUCACGAUACAGAGUAUUUUGGCAACCUACUUGUUGAAAAUGUGUUACUUAGAUGGGUCAAAACUAACAAGGUGAGAUAACAGCCCUAAAGUGAACAUCUGCAAAAACUCAACCACACAGGUUCAGGUAAGGAAAUCGGCUUAGUAGCUUGUGUUUAAUAACAAAAGACAUGACAACAAAAAGCAUCUGAGGCUUCCCUUUACUGUAAACUUUGUUAUGAACUAACAGCAUCAUGGGGUUGCCAAAAAAGCCAGGUAAUAUUAGACUGUGUUGUUAGAAGUAUGGCAUCUGGAAGGAAGGAGGCAAGAGUGCAGACCACUGUUGGCACACCAUGUUCAUUUGUGGCCACCAGUGUUAAGGACUUCAGUGACAGGCUGAGGUACCCAGUGGGAACUGCAGAGGUAGAACCAAAGGAACUGGGGUUAUUGAACUGGGAAGAAAAAACACUUCCUAACAAAUGGAGUUACUCAAAAUUGGAUUGGGCUGCCUUUUGAUAGGUCUUCGUCCCUGGAAGUGUUUAAGCCAAAGCUUGACUGAUGGGGUCUGGGCGGCUAGGGAAGGUUCCUGCACAGAGCUGAAGGUAGGAUUUAGUCAAACUUUCAGCUUUCUCCCAGCUGGAUGGUCCUGAUUUUCAUCUGCCACCUGCUCACCACUUCCCUGCCUACCAUUUCUGACUGUGACCUGAGGCAGCUGCAGAAGGGGACAAAGAGGAAUCUGUGGGUUCAAGACUGUCUAGUGCCCCCUGACCAGGGAGCAGGUGGACCCACUGACCAGCGCACCCAGGGUUAGGGUGCAGACCUGUUGGCAGGCUGAGGGCCGGCCUAGAAGUGCUCAGCAGCGAAACGACCCAGCGUCCCACCUUGUACAACACAGUCAUCUCGGGAUCUACCUAGACCAGCAAUGCCCGGGGCGCGCAGCCUCCUGCUCCAGCCUUGUUCCCGGAGUCUCUUUCCUCCCCGGGCCUCAGUCUGACGCCCAUAGCCCUUCGCAGGAAGCCGACUCCCAAACCCGGGCCGGGGGUGUGGGCCGAGGACGAAACCCCGCCCCCAGGGGUCCCUGAUCUUUGCCCCCGCCCCGGGCUCCGCGCCUCCCCUGAUGGCCACCGGCAGGCGGGCGCCUUUGCCUUUUGUGUGUUUCGUUCCGAGGUGCCAGAGACCCCCCGCCCAGCCGUCCGCCGAGUCUCCUCGCGGCCCCGUGCCCCUCCUCUCGGAGUCCCCAGCCCCCCUGCUCGGCUCCGCGUGCCAGCUCGGGGCUCGCUGGUUCGCUCCCCGCGGCGCCAGGAGGAGGGGCGAGGGCCGGCAGCCCCCUCCCCCGCGCUCGGCGCCGGAGCCUAGCCGAGCCGGGGGGACCCGCUGCUGCCGGUCAUGUGGGCCGGAUUGCUCCUCCGGGCCGCCUGCGUCGCGCUCCUGCUGCCGGGGACCCCGGCCCGUGGCUACACCGGGAGGAAGACGCCCGGGCACUUCGGGGCCGAGAGACACUGAUGAAUGCCUUGGGACCCCCUGCCAGCAGAGAUGUAAAAACAGCAUUGGCAGCUACAGGUGUUCCUGUAGAACUGGCUUCCAUCUGCACGGCAACCGGCACUCCUGUGUAGAUGUAAACGAGUGUCGGAGGCCACUGGAGAGGCGAGUCUGUCACCAUUCUUGCCAUAACACCGUGGGCAGCUUCCUGUGCACCUGCCGACCUGGCUUCAGGCUCCGAGCUGACCGAGUGUCGUGUGAAGCUUUCCCCAAAGCCGUGCUGGCCCCAUCUGCCAUCCUGCAGCCCCUGCAGCACCCCCCUAAGAUGCUACUGCUGCUUCCAGAGGCAGGCCGGCCCGCCCUCUCCCCAGGGCACAGCCCUCCUUCUGGGGCUCCAGGGCCCCCAACUGGAGUCAGGACCACACGACUGCCAUCUCCCACACCUGCACUACCCACGUCCUCUGCUUCUGCCCUGACGCAGCUGCUGUCUGCCCCAAUGGCCACCCCAGUGCCUAGUCCCUCUCCGUUGGGGACCCUCAGACCUCCCUCACGAAUCCAGGAGAAGGUGGUGGUGACCCCUUCCUUGCCCAGGGGCCCUGAGGCCACACAGCUGGCACCAGGGCCCUCUGCCUGUUGGCACCUGGGAGCCAUGCAUGAGUCCGGGAGCCGCUGGACAGAGCCUGGCUGUUCCCAGUGCUGGUGCGAGGAUGGGGAGGUGACCUGUGAAAAGGUGACGUGUGAAGCUGCUUGUUCUCACCCGAUUCCCUCCGGAGAUGGGGGAUGCUGUCCAUUGUGUACAGGCUGUUUUCACAGGGGCGUCAUCCGGGCUGAAGGGGACGUGUUUUCACCUCCCAACCAGAACUGCACUGUCUGUGUCUGUCUGGCUGGAAAUGUGUCCUGCAUCUCCCCUGAGUGUCCUCCCGGCCCCUGUCAGGCCUCCCUGAAGUCGGAUUGCUGUACUUGUGUGCCAGUGAGAUGCUAUUUCCAUGGCCAGUGGUAUGCAGACGGGGCUGUGUUCAGUGGUGGUGGUGACGAGUGUACCACCUGUGUCUGCCAGAACGGGGAGGUGGAAUGUUCCUUCACGCCAUGUCCAGAACUGGAUUGCCCCCGCGAGGAGUGGUGGCUGGGCCCUGGGCAGUGCUGCUUCACCUGCAGGGAACCCGCACCCAUGACAGGCUGCUCUCUGGACGACAACGGGGUUGAGUUUCCGGUCGGACAGAUCUGGUCUCCCGGUGACCCCUGUGAGUUAUGCAUCUGCCAGGCAGAUGGUUCAGUGAGCUGCAAGAGGACAGACUGUGUGGACUCCUGCCCUCACCCGAUUCGGAUCCCCGGGCAGUGCUGCCCUGACUGUUCGGCAGGCUGCACCUACACAGGUAGAAUCUUCUACAAUAACCAGACCUUCCCGUCCGUGCUGGACCCGUGUCUGAGCUGCAUCUGCCUGCUGGGUUCGGUGGCCUGCUCGCCCGUGGACUGCCCCAUCACCUGCUCCUACCCUUUCCACCCUGACGGGGAGUGCUGUCCAGCGUGCCGAGACUGCAACUACGAGGGGAGGAAGGUGGGGAACGGCCAGGUGUUCACCUUGGACGAUGAGCCCUGUACCCAGUGCAUAUGCCAGCUGGGAGAGGUGAGCUGCGAGAAGACGCCCUGCCAGCAGGCCUGCUCGGACCCCUCCACGCCCCCCAGGGACUGCUGCUCCUUCUGUCCAGAUUCCCUGGAAGAAAGCCGGGGUCUCUCCCCUCGUGGAGACGUUGAGCUCAGCAAAGUGGCCCGGACCCCCCGUGGAGACCCUGAGGCCCUGCUCAACUGCAGCUCCUGCCCGGGGCCCCCAGCGGUGUCACCUCGGAGGCCAGCGCUGCAGCUCCUCCAGCUCCUCCUGAGAACAAACCUGUCUGACAUGCAGACUAUACCCGAGCCUCCUCUCUACCUCCGGCCUCUCCCGGGGCUCCCGGGCCACCUCCUGUUACUCCAGAGCCCUCGUCCUCGGCCUCCGGGGCCCACACAGCAUCCAGACAGCCUUCUCUGCCUGCCACCAUCCGGCGUAGAGCCUCAGCCCUUUCCACGAUGGGCCCCAGCCCCUCAGAGGCCCCCGUCACUAUCCUCAGGCCUCGCAGGCUCUCUCCAGCCGCCUCCAGACUCUCUGCAGCCCUUGCAGCCACGGCCAGCCCUGGCCCCCAGGAGCCCACCACGGGGCCCUCACAGGAGGAGUCCACAGUGUAAGCAGGACUGCGUUGCAGGGCCGUGCCCGGGAGACGCCAGACAGAGAAGGCUCUGCCAGAGGCCCUGGGAGCUUGCAGGGUGGCUCUGGGGGCCAGUGAGGCUGCCGACUCCUUCAGGACCCCUGGCGGGGAUGGAAAACCCUCAGGGCCCGAUGUAGCCUUGCUCCCAAGAAGCAUCUGGGAUGUGUUGUGAGACUCCAGCAACACGUUCUCCACCGUCAGCAUCCUCCCUGGACUGCGUGGGCCGCCUGUCUUCUGAGAAAGGUUGGGGCAGCUGAGUCCCUCCUCUGGAGCAGGAGGGUCCGAGGGGCCUGGGAUUCCACUGAGAUUGUGCCACCAGCUGUCAUGUGUCCUCACCCGAGGUUUCCUGAUUAAAAUCUGUCUCGGUCUCCCCCAGGCUGCCCUGCUCAUU